AUUAGGUCAUUUCUCAAGCUGUGUUCCCAUUUGAUUGAUUUUGGUUGUCCAGUAUCUUCACGUUGCUAUUAUUAAAGUGAUCACAGUCGUCAAGCGGUCUCUUGCACACUGACAGCGGUUGUCGCGGUGAAAUGCAUAAUGAUGAAAGACAAAUUAUCUGUCUAGCAAUUCUGCAUUGCUAGUUAUCGGAUAUGUGACAAAUUUGAUUAACCCGAGUAUUAAUUGUAUUGAUGUUUCUUUAUCAACACCUCGAAUGCCCCUUCAACAAAACAAGUAUAUCUUUUUCUCCCUUUAAAAAUGUUUCCACUCUCUUCCUUUUUCUGUUAGAUGUGAAAAAUAACGACGUGGUUCCGUUUGUCCUCGCGUCCGUCCUGGCCAGGUACAUACCCAGCCAGAACCCUCAUGUCCGACAGGCCGCCUGCAUAUGGCUGCUGUCUCUGGUGAAGAAACUCAGCCAACACAAGGAGAUCACGUCCCAUUUGAAGGAGAUUCAGGUGGCGUUCAUCUCUGUCCUCUCGGACCCUGAUGAGUUGAGUCAGGAUGUGGCGUCUAAAGGCCUGGGCCUGGUCUAUGAGAUGGGAGGAGAGGCGGACCAGCAAGAGCUGGUGUCUACUCUGGUGGAAACACUGAUGACUGGCAAAAGAGUGAAACACGCCGUUUCAGAAGAUACAGAGGUGUUCCAAGGAGAAGGUUUGGGGAAAACACCUGACGGUCACGGCCUGACCACAUACAAGGAGCUCUGCUCGCUGGCCAGCGACCUGAACCAACCGGAUCUCGUCUACAAGUUCAUGAACCUGGCCAAUCAUCAUGCCAUGUGGAACUCCCGCAAGGGGGCAGCUUUUGGUUUCAACAUGAUCGCAUCCAAGGCCGGGGAGCAGCUGGCCCCCUUCCUGCCCCAGAUCGUGCCCCGCCUGUACCGCUACCAGUUUGACCCCAACCUGAGCAUUCGUCAGGCCAUGACCAGCAUCUGGGACGCCUUGGUCACUGACAAGACCCUGGUGGAUAAGUAUCUGAAGGAGAUCCUGCAGGAUGUGAUUUCCAACCUGACCAGUACCACCUGGAGAGUCCGCGAGUCUAGCUGCCUCGCCCUCAACGACCUGAUUCGCGGCCGCCAGGCUGACGACCUCAUCGAUCACCUGGCAGAAAUGUGGGAGACGCUGUUCAGAGUCCUCGAUGACAUCAAGGAGUCUGUGAGGAAAGCAGCAGACCUGACGCUGAAGACGCUCAGCAAGGUGUGUACUCGUAUGUGCGAGUCUACGGGCUCUGCAGCCCAGAGGACCGUGGCGGUGCUGCUGCCCACCCUGCUGGAAAAAGGCAUUGUCAGCAAUGUGUCGGAGGUCCGCUCGCUAAGCAUCCAGACCCUGGUGAAGGUCAGUAAGACGGCGGGCGCCAGACUAAAGCCUCACGCCUCCCGGCUGAUCCCGGCCCUGCUGGAGGCCCUCAGCACCCUGGAGCCUCAGGUCCUCAACUACCUCAGCCUCAGAGCCACAGAGCAGGAGAAGAGUGCCAUGGACGCUGCCAGGCUGAGUGCGGCCAAGUCCUCUCCGAUGAUGGAGACCGUUAACAUGUGUCUGCAGCACCUGGACGUCUCCGUGCUGGGAGAGCUGGUCCCCCGGCUCUGUGAGCUGCUCAAGAGUGGAGUCGGCUUGGGCACCAAGGGAGGCUGUGCCAGUGUCAUCGUCUCACUCGCAGUGCAGUGCCCCCAGGACCUCACCACAUACUCGGGUAAGCUGAUGAGUGCCCUGCUGAAUGGCAUCCAUGACAGGAGCACUGUCGUACAGAAAGCGUUUGCCUUUGCUUUGGGACACCUAGUCAGGACAGCAAAAGACAGCAGCGUAGAGAAACUACUACUGAAGCUCAACGGCUGGUACCUGGAGAAGGAAGAGCCGGUGUACAAGUCAUCAUGCGUGUUGACCGUGCACGCCAUCAGCCACUACAGCCCCGACGUGCUGAAGGGCAACGCGGGGGUGGCUCUGCCGCUGGCCUUCCUGGGAAUGCAUCAGGCGCCGGGUCCCGAUGAGGAGAAAGGAGAGGCCCACGAUGCCACGCUGUGGGCUGAGGUGUGGCAGGACAACGUCCCGGGAAGCUUCGGGGGCAUCAGACUCUACAUGACAGAGCUGAUCGCCAUCACGCAGAAGGCCCUGCAGUCCCAGUCCUGGAAGAUGAAGGCUCAGGGUGCAGCUGCCAUGGCAACCGUUGCCAAGGAACAGACGGGCUCGUUGGUGGCGCCGCACCUCGGCAUGGUGCUAACGGCUUUGAUGCAGGGGCUGUCCGGACGCACAUGGGCGGGCAAGGAGGAGCUACUGAAAGCCAUUGGAUCCGUCGUCUCGAAAUGCAGUGCGGAGCUGAAGAAGCCGUGCGUGGGCCAACCCAGCGUCUCCGAGGUGCUGGAGCUCGUGUUCAAGGAAUGCCGCAAGGAGAGUCUGGUGUACAAAAUGGCCGCUGUGCGCUGCGCCGGAGACGUGCUCCAGAGCAGCCAGGAGGACCGGUUCAGCGACAUGGCGGAGAUCCUCUUCCCCCUGAUCAAGAAGAACUGCCCACAGAGCGGCGGCGCGGCACACAGGUUGCGGGAGGGGGAUGACGAUAAGGACUCGAAGGAGAAGGAGCUGCAGACGGAAGCCCUGCUCUGUGCUUUUGAGACUCUUGGAAAGGCUUGGCCCAGAAACCAGCAGACUCAGACUCGCUUCCAGGCGGCGGUGUGCAGUCUGAUGUGUGAGAAGCUCAAGCUAAGCACCUGGAAAGUGCAGCUCGCCGUUCUCCAGUCCAUGAAGGCGUACUUCAAGGGGUUGUUGCUGCUCGAGAAGGGCGGUGAAGACUUUGACGCAUUGUCUCAGAUCCUCGCAGAGACCUGCGGCGCUCUCACUCACCCUUUAGAAAACAAAAGCUACUCGACUGUGAGGACGGAGGCCUUGUCGGUUGUGGAUGUGAUCGUAAAGAGAACUGGAGAGAGCGAACAGUGGGACUGCAUGUCCGUGAAGAGCCGGGAGCAGCUGCAGCGCUCGCUAUCAACGCUGCAGACCGACAGCAGGCCGGACCUGAGGGAUAAGGCCCAGGAGCUACGCAGACACAUCCAGAGCCAACCCUGAACACACACACACACAUAUAGAGCUCACCAAGCCAGCCAGAUACAUGCAGUCAUAAACACAGAAUACAACCAAAUGGAGCAUCAACUUUUUCUUUUACUUCUUUAUUAGUCGAACGAAACGCAUCACACACUCCUCAGUCUGAGGUCUUUGAUUCAGUUAUCUUCUCUUAAACGGAUAUUCACAAAUCUCUCAAGUCACUGCAUUACUUAUCCAUAUUACGCAAGCUGACACACACACACACACGCUGAUUUCAUGUUUAGCGGCUGACGAAGCUUGAAGAGACUACAGUAACACAACUCGCAGUGACGAAGUGGUGGAGGGCGAGGCUGUUAUUGUAAUGUGUUAAUUUUUAUUUUGAUCCUUUAAAUGGAUGGUAACAUAAUGAAAAUAAAUGCUAUAUAAACCAAUGUGUUGGGUUUGUGGACACUGUAUAUCUAGAGCCCCAAAAUGGGGACUUUUACUACUGUUGUGGGUUUGCCUACUCAUCAAAUAUCAGAACAGCAGCAGGGCGUUCCUCACUGUUUCACCACCGCUGCUGAGCAGUGGUGAAAGUGCUGAGGUUUCUCUGUCUCCUGUUUGAGGUGAAUGAGCAAGACUACAGCAAAUUGAGUACGCUCUUGAGAAAGGAAUAAACAAUAAAAAAAAAAUUUAAAAAACCUGUUCAGUUGAAAGUGAUGCUACAGUUGUUUGAAUUUGUCCCCGAUGAUAAAAUAAAACUACCCCGAUGAUAAAAUAAAACUACCGUGACAAUUUUGACAA